CGCCCGCCGCCUUUCAGCUCCGCCUUUUUGUUUUUGCUUUGCUGAGUUCCUGACAAGAUCAAAUGCUUUACUGUUCUUUAGCAGCCACAAUUUCGGGUUGCAAAGAUGCUCAUAAAGUAAGCACAAAGGAAAAAGAAGCUCCUAAAACUUAACCUAAAUCAAUAAAGGAGAAGAGGAAAAGGGACACCUCUCAGCAUACAAAAAUCGAAACACAAAUUCACCCCGCAUUUUGCAUUCAACGGCAGAGAUAUGAAAGUUGCGUUGUGUGUAAAAAGUAUCCUCAUUUCUUUUCUUUUUUCAUUUUUUGCUUUACUUUGCACUAUUCUUUUAUCUUCUUUCAGCUGAUACUAUGUCAUAAAAAUGCUGAACUCUUUCACUUCAGCUUUGCCGACAGCAAUGAAGUAUCGUGGUGACAAUAACAAUGAGGAAGCAUCUUCGUACUCAACUUCCUUAGACUCUAUAAGCAACGACUCUUUUUACACCCCUACUACUUCUGCGUUCAUCACAACACCUGCUUUCGAUAGUAGAGCUUCAUCUAUUCGUGGGCUUCUACCAUCUAUCUCUUGUAAAAGUAACUUUUCAAUACAAACCUUUCAUACAGCUGCUGCUGUAAAUUCAGAUACAUCAGAAGAACAACGCUGCAAUAUACCCUCUAUCACUACAUCAAAAUUCAGUGCUUGUGAUAAAUUUAGAAACGCCGAGAACAUUGCUAUAGAAACAACUGACAAUGUCAGCAGUCAUAAUGCAGUUACUUUGCGGAAAGUGAAUCCAUGUCAUCAUCCAUCAUCAAACAUGCUUUCAUGUGCAUCAUCGACUAGUAAGAGUAUGGAUGAAAUACCAACAGCAGAAAAAUUCUUUCACGGUACUACUUCAACUACAGCCACAACCACUGCAACUGCCAUCCCCGCAGAUGAUCAGCAUAUUAUUACGCAAACUAAUAACCCUGAUUUUUUUAUUCAUCCCAUCGCACUUAUUCAAUCCAAUCGAAGUAAUAGUGCACCCAAUAACUACUUCUACUAUGGCUCAUUGGACAGCCAUAACAUUUGCUUGCAAUCACCAGCAACUAAUUAUUCAAACUAUUUAUAUGACGGUUUGAGCGAAGAAUAUGAAGUAGUCCUUGAUGAUGGAACCCGUCAAAAGCGAUCCGUUUCUUUAUCAACAAUGCCAAAUACGCCAAUGUUCGAUUUUUGUAACAACAACAAAAGAAAAUACAAAGCCAAUGUCAAUUUUUCCUAUUUUAACCUUGGGAAUGAAACUGCAACUGGGAAGGAGGCAGAAAUUCGCAGAGACCAUCAACGUCAGAGUAGUACAACAACUACUGAAAGUCAAGAAAAAAAUUAUCAGAAUUACUAUUUUCUGAAUGACAAUGAAGAACAAGCCUUACUUUUUCCACCAGGUUCAUCAUCCUCAAAUCCACACUUAACAGUCAGAGAUCUCGGCAGUUCUAGUGAUGUUGAUGACAGUGAUGAUACAGAUAACGAUAUGGAUGCACUGCUAUAUAACAGAAAGCUCCUCAAACGAAACAGAAGGAGAAGAACAAAGACAAAUCGCUGCUGUAGCAUUUUCUUAAGAAAUCCGGUCAAAACCUUUUAUCACUGGUUGACGGAAAAGGUUCUUACCUAUAAGCGUAGAAUGGUUCUAAAAUGCAGUAUCGCCUAUCUAUUAGGAUCAGCGUUUACCUUUAUACCACUUUUUCAAAACAUGUUGAGUCCCUCAGCAAGGUUACUGAGUCAAAUUAUUGCUACCGUAACCGUGUUUUUUAGUGCAUCAAAGACAGUAGGCGGCAUGGUGGAAGCUGUACUAUAUGGGCUAGCCUUCACAAUAUUUGCCUCACUGGUAUCGAUGCUUAGUAUGCUACUGGCUGUAUAUUUAAGAUCUCAAAAUCAUUAUGUCAUUUCUAGUUGUAUCACGUUGGCAUUUUGGUUAGCUGGAAGUACGUUCUUAUGGUCAUUUUUGAAAGCUCAUUACAACAAGCCUGCAUUGGCUACAGGAUGUGGUUUAGGAUCUAUGAUAAUGUUUCCUGUACUUGUAAAGGAGGGAUCGGAAAUUCCCGAGGUAUUUGAUUCGACGUACAUCGAGGAAAUGUUUGCACUUGUUACUAUAGGCACAGGUAUUUCAGCAUUUGUGUGUUGGUUCAUAUGGCCCGUAACAGCAACAAGCAAGCUAAGGUCAGAUAUUAAUGACACAUUAGCAGCUGUCCGCAUUUUGCUAAAGUUGUUGACAAAAACGUUUUUGCUAGACAAGGACUUGCCCGAUUUCAAAGCCAAUGACAACCUACAGAAUGCUAUCAAUUCCCAUCGCACUAGUUUCACGUCUUUAAAAUCAUCACUAAACGAUGCAAAAAAAGAAUAUUACAAUUUUGAUAUAUGGACUCACGCUGAUGAGUAUGACGAUAUUGUGAACAGUCUACAGAGACUGACAUUACAUAUUGGCGGCUUGAGAAGCAGUUGUGGUUUGCAAUUCGAUGUGAUGAAGAACAGUAACAGUGGAAACUCAGCUAUAAAAACAAAAACUUCAACCACAAAAUAUGGCUCAACGUCAAAUGGACAACAGCAGCAAGUAAUGAAUGAUGCGGAUACAUUUAACAUAACUACUGCAAAUGAAACUACAGCAAGUAAGAACAAAAACCAGAUUUAUCAUAUCGUCAAAGCGACGGAUCACAGAAAAAAAUUGGAGUAUGAAUUGAAGAAAGAGCAAACGCUGUCCGCUAUGUCAAUCGCCUCUCCCACUUAUGGUAACAUCACACCUUCUCACUAUUUCAAUGAGCAUCAGCAACUACCUCUUCUGGAAAGAAUACCUAUUAAUGGUAUACUUAGCAGCACAUAUGAAUUUCCUGAGGAAGGCAUAGAAAGCAUUGUUGAAGAAGGUCCAUUGGUGCAAUUCAUAAAAACAGUCCGAGGACCCAUGAAAUCAUUGGCUUUUACGUGCAAACAAACCAUCGUUCACCUUCAAGCUCGUUUUACACGCCAGAACACCGCUGCAACACCUUCCUUUUCUUUAAUGCGGCAAACUUUAGCGAUGGCUAUGUCGCUUUUCGAAGAAUCUCAACAACUAGCUUUGACGCGUAUGUAUCGGCGAAAAAUGAUGAGUAAGAGUAAGAAUGAUGAACAGGACCAGCAAAAAGGCGAACAAUCAAAUGCUACUUCUACCAAUACGAUUAACCCAAGAGAAAUACAAUCUCAUUUAAUGACACAAUUCCCUGCAGAAGACGUCUUUCUAGUGUACUUCUUCGUUUUCAAUCUGUUAGAAUUCGCGAAAGAGCUAAUGUGCCUUGUAGAGUGCGCUCAAAACUUAUUCGAAGAUGAUGAGUUAAAUGAUAGAGGCUACAUUCACAGGAUUAUUAGGAACUACUUAUUCACACCAUUCUGGAUAGUUUGCUGCUGCUUUUAUGGUAGACAACCGUUGUCAUCCCAGCAACCACGGCAAAGUGAAGGAGAUGACGACAAAUCUUCAACCUUGCCAACUGGAGUUGGUGUUUCAUUAUCAACACAGGACUUCCGCAGUAUCAAUAGAAAAGUUUCGGUGGACUCGUUUAUUCCAAACAAUAAUAAUACAUUCAAUACACUACAUACGCCUAAACCAAGAACAAAAAUGCGCCAAGUAUUAUUAAAUUUAUGGGGGUUUUUCUCAUGGUUCAGGCAGCAUACGGUGCGCUAUGGGCUUAAGUCAGCUUUUGUUGUAGUGUUAAUUUCUUCAUUAGCCUUUAUACCACCUACAAGGGAGUAUUUUUCAACUUGGAAAAUGGACUGGACACUGAUUACUGUAAUGGCUGUUAUGACGCCAACAGUUGGUGGUACCAAUGAAGUGGCUGUUCUUCGAGUUUUUGCAACUAUCCUCGGGUCUCUUAUUGCUGUAUUAAUUUACACAUUUUUACCUCAUCAAGGACCUCUUUUACUGUUCAUGUCUUGGGCUUUUUCUGUACCUUGUUUUUGGCUAAUUCAAAACCAUAAGCACGGACGGUUUGGACUAUUUGCAUUACUUGCGUACAAUUUGAUUGUCCCUUUCAUGUACAAUCACCGAAGCGAAGAACUUCCUUAUGAUGUACAGACGUUGGCAUUUAUGCGAUGCGCAACUGUUUCAGCCGGUGUCAUUAUAGGGUUAAUUGUUACAGCUUAUAUUUGGCCCUUUGAAGCUAGAAAGGAACUGAGAAAAGGCCUUUCUGAUUUCCUCAUUCGAUUAUCUUGGCUAUAUAAACAACUUGUUUCUGAGUACGCUGAAGACAAUUCACAUCUUGUGUCGACAUCGAUCAGCAUUCAAUCCAAGCGAACAACCAAUGAGGUUAAGAAUAUACAAUAUUCGGAACUUGUUAGGCAGGCCAUUGGGAAAAAUGAUACAGAGCCACGCUCAGACUCAUCGUCCUGUUCUAUGCCGACUGAAAGUAAGCGACUUUUCACGUCACGCCAGGAGCUGGAAGUCCUAGCUAGGCACAAAAUUGUACGAUCUCUUCAGUUUCAACAUCUGGAACUAUCCUUACAAGUGAGUCUCGUUGAACUGCAAGGUCUCUUAGCCUAUGCGCCUAAUGAGCCACGCUUAAAAGGUCCUUUUCCUGUAAAAACUUACCAAGCCAUGCUGACUUCCUGUCAAAAUAUUCUCGACAAACUUUUAUCAAUUCGUAUUGUGGUUUUGAAAGAUGUAUGGGCGACGCAAGUAAGGCACGAUUUAAUGGCACCUGUGCGAAGGGAAUUGAUGGAAAUGGCAGGUUGUGUGCUGCUUUACUUCUAUUUGCUGGCCUCAGCAUUGCAAUUAAAGACGCCCCUACCACCUUAUUUGCCACCAGCGGAAAAGGCAAGGGAGUCAUUAAUGAUGAAGUUGCAACAAUUGCCGAAAAUUACGGCAGAUGUGAACAAAGUAAGUUGCAGUGAUAGUAACUGCACAAAUAAUGUUCGAAGCAGCAAUGGGAGUGAUGAUUGCUAUAUGGUUUAUUACGCUUAUGUUAUUAUGAUGGAGAGUAUCAUUAUAGAAUUAGAUGAGUUGGGAAAAAGGAUGAAAGAGCUUUUUGGAACGUUGAUACCCGAUGAACAAUGGGCCAAAUAUUUUGGUACGGCAGAUGUAUGACCAGUUAGCAAAUUAAUGACACUAUAUGUAUUCAUUGUUUCGCUAUUGUAAAUAAUUGUAAAAUUGUAGAAGUUACCUGAACAUAGAUUAAACUGGUGCA